AUGCCUUCUUCUAUGGUAAAUGAUCGUCAUACUGAAGUAACGGAUAACAAUGAUGAUGAAUCUGAAUGUGAUACCAAGGAAUACUAUUCCAGAGACAAAACCUUGAAACUACGUGAAAUUUAUAUUCCAACUUGCAUGGAACUUUUUUAUCGAGAAAAUCCACUUAAAAUUGUUCGUUGUCAAGGAACAUAUAUGUAUGAUGAAUUAGGCAAUAAAUAUUUAGAUUGUAUUAAUAAUGUUGCACAUGUUGGUCAUUGUCAUCCAUAUGUUAAUAAACAAAUCUAUAGACAAAUGGGUGCAUGUGCAACAAAUAAUCGUUAUUUACAUGAUAAUACUGUUAUUCUUGCUGAAAAAAUUUCUAAAACCUUACCAAAAGGUCUUGAACAAGUUUUUUAUACAAAUUCAGCAUCUGAGGCAAAUGACUUAGCAAUUCGUUUAGCUAGAGAAUAUACAGGAAAUUAUGAUAUUCUUGUACUUGAUAAUGCCUAUCAUGGUCAUUUAAUAAGUGUUGUCGAAUUAUCUACUUAUAUGUAUAAGAAAAUGACGAACCAAUCGAAAAUGCCCGAACAUGUUCAUGUUGUUCCAACACCUGAUGUUUAUCGAGGAAAAUUUCGUGAUAUUGAUUAUAAUAAUGAUGAAGCUAAAUUAUGUCAGUUAUAUGUUGAUGAAGUUCGUCGAAUUGUUGAAGAAGCUGAAUCACGUGGACGUCGUAUAGCAAUAUUUUUUCUUGAAACAUUACAAUCAUGUGGUGGACAAAUUAUUUACCCGAAAGGAUAUCUUAAGAAAACAUUUAAUUAUCUUCAAUCAAAAGGUAUUUUUUGUCUUGCUGAUGAAGUACAAGCAGGUUUUGGUCGAUGUGGUACACAUUUCUGGUCAUUUCAAUCUUAUGAAGAAGAUAUUGUUCCUGAUUUUGUUACAUUGGGUAAAUCAAUGGGUAAUGGAUUUCCAGUUGCCGCUUUAGUAACUCGUAAAGAUAUUACAAAUAAAUUUACUAUUGAUGGUAUUGAAUAUUUUAAUACCUAUGGUGGAAAUCCUGUUAGUUGUCGAGCUGCUAUUGCUGUUCUUGAUAUUAUUGAAAAAGAACAUUUACAAGAAAAUGCUUAUGAAGUUGGUCUUUAUUUUUUAAAUCAAUUAAAAGAACUUGGAAAAAAAUAUGAAAUGAUUGGUGAUGUACGUGGUCGAGGACUUUUUCUUGGAAUUGAAAUUGUGCGUAAUCGAGAAAAACGUGAACCAGGCAUUGAAGAAGCAAAAGAAAUUAGACAGAAAUUUCGUGAACAUUUUGUAAUUGUUUCACUUGAUGGACCUGAUAAUAACGUGAUUAAGUUUAAAUCACCAAUGUGUUUUUCAAAAGAGGAUGCUGAUUAUUUUUGUAGCAAACUUGAAAUAAUAAUAAGAGGAAUGGCAAAGACAUCAUUAACAAUGGCUGAAACAUCAUUAGAUAGUAUACCAAGCAUCUUUCAAGAUCUUCGUACGUCAUUUAAAUUUGGUAAAACAAAAUCCAUUGCAUGGCGUAAAAAACAAAUUGAACAAUUAUAUAAAAUGUGUGAUGAACAAAAAGAAGUGCUUGCUUCAGCAGCACAUGCUGACUUUCAUCGACCAAAUGCAGAAACACUUUUAUAUGAUUGUGGUGUUAUUCGUAAUGAAUGUAUUCAUACACUUAAUCAUAUUGAUCAAUGGGCACGUGAUGAAUAUCAUUCAGAUUCAUUAGCAUAUGCUACUAUGGAUAAAUGUGUUCAUCCUGAACCAUAUGGUAUUUGUUUAAUUAUUGGAGCAUGGAAUUAUCCAUUUUUAUUAACAUUAUCACCAUUAAUUGGUGCAUUAGCUGCUGGUAAUUGUGCUAUUAUUAAACCAUCUGAAUUAGCACCUAAUUCAGCUGCGAUUGUUGCAAAAAUGGUUGAACAUUAUCUUGAUCCAUCUUGUGUUCGUGUUGUACUCGGUGCUGUUGAUCAAACUCAAGCAUUACUUAAAGGUGAUAUUGAUCAUGUUUUUUAUACUGGUUCAACAAUGGUUGGUAAAAUUGUAAUGAAAGCAGCUGCAGAAAAAAUGAUACCCGUAGUACUUGAAUGUGGCGGUAAAUGUCCUGUUUAUGUUGCUGAUGAUGCCAAUAUAGAGGUUACUGCUACACGUAUUGCAUGGGGCAAAACUAUUAAUUGUGGACAAACAUGUUUAGCACCUGAUUAUAUUUUAUGUUCAAAAACAACGGAAAACCGUCUUAUACCGGAAAUAGUCAAAGCUUGGCAAUCAUUCUAUACUGAUAACCCAAUUAAUUCAGAUUCGUAUUGUCGUAUUAUUAAUGGGCGACAUUUUGAACGUGUAAAAAAAUUAAUUGAUACAACAAAAGUUUUUCAUGGUGGACAAACAGACGCUAAUCAAAAUUAUAUUGCACCAACAAUUAUGACAAAUGUAAAUGGAACCGAUAAAGUCAUGCAAGAAGAAAUCUUCGGACCACUUCUUCCAAUAAUAACAGUUAAUAAUGAACUCGAAGCUGUUGAAUUUAUUAAUAGUCGACCAAAACCAUUAGCUCUCUAUAUAUUUACAGCAAAUAAAAAUUUAGCUAAGAAUGUUAUCAAUUCAACAAGUUCUGGUUCAACUUGUGUUAAUGAUGUUAUCUUCCAAAUAGCUCCACCAUGCUUACCAUUUGGUGGUGUUGGUGAAAGUGGUCUUGGAAAUUAUCAUGGUAAAUAUUCAUUUGAUACAUUUAGUCAUAUGCGUGCAGUUGCUUAUUCAUCUACAUGGUCGGAAUUUCUUGUUUCUAAACGUAAUCCACCUUAUAAUCCGAAAAAACAGCUAAUUUAG